GUGGUUAUCGAGACGAGCGGGGUAACUCCUCCCCGUGAUUACCUGCAGCCACAAGAAGCUGAGCCCUCAAAAUAAGCAAUUGCUUAACCCCAGACCCUAGUUCCCCGACGCCACCAUCACCUCCUCUAACUUUGCUCAACGGCCACUUGGGAAGCGACUCUGACAUCGCGGGCUAGUUUAGCUGCAGGAACAGAAAGAUGCAGUUUGCUGUAUGGCACCGUUGUGAUACCUUCAAUUGGACGCCACCACGUAAUUGCUGGUUGCUCAUCUCCGUUCAGUGUGGCAGCUGAAAUGUUGCAUCUCCGAGGAGUAUUUGCACAGGGCCCAAUGUCACAGCCUUACGUUGUGCGCCGUGUACUUAAGCACGAGAGUUCCAAGAGAAAGGAGAAGGGAAUAUCAGGCCAACUCGGAUACUCGAACAGAUCAACUUUCAUCAGCACCUCUUCACCCUCGUUUCAACACACUCGCUUUCAUAGCAAUCAUGCUUCAGCUCAAGAAACUUCUUGUUCUGGCUCUUCCAGCCUUGGCUCUCGCCGACGAGGCCUUCUCUCCUCUCAAGCGCCAGAUAGUAGAGAUUCCGUGCAGCGAGUCUGGCCGUAACGACUGCGGCGAUGGCUGCAUUCCCCUAACUUACACGUGCUGCCCAGACCAGCAGGGCGGCUGCCCCUUGACAUCCACGUGCUGGCUCGGCAAUAACGGCCAGUAUGCGUGCUGCCCGAUCGGCAAGCGAUGCGUCGGCCCCGGCGGUGUCAACACGGAACCCGGGUCGACGGUGACGUCCACCCUUUCCUUCACGGAGUCGGUUCCGGACGUGGAGACUUCCACGUCCUUCUUCGCCUCGACGUCCACCGCAACCUUCACCCUCACUUCCGAGAUCGAGAGCACCUCGACAGAGACUUCUCUGGUUGCUGAGCCGACUACGUCUCUUCCGGUACCUCCGGUUGUUUCCUCUCACUCAACGACGGCUGCUGUACUGCCGACGAUCACUGUCAACAGCACCACGGCUCGCCCGCCUCCGGUCACGGUGAACGGAGCGAACACCCACGGUGGCUCGAUCCUUCAGGCUAUGGCCGCUGGUGCCAUAGCUUUGCUUGCUCUUUGAAACUUGUGUAGGCCGAGAUGGGAUUGCGUUCGAUGUUCGGGUCAAGAGAAUUCGUAUUGUCGAGCAGUAAUAUUCGUGUAAAGAAAUGGACGGACGAAUGUGGGUAUGGGGAAAGAGAGGAUCGAUAGUUUUGAAGCCAAAACGUAAU